CCUGUGCAGCUCCAUCUCUCCGCUCACUCUCGACAAGUCUUCCUUUCUCAUUUCUUUCUUUUUCUUUUCUCUGUGUGUGUGUGUGUGUGCGUGUGCGUGUGCGUGUGCGUGUGUGUGUGUGUGUGUGCUUACCCUGGUGCUUCCCCCCACCUCGCGCUCAGAGCAGGGCAGUGUAUAGUCAGGGGGGUUUAGUGUUUGUCAGCCACAGGAGGGAACAUGCAGCAUCCUGGAGGAACAUGCGUGGCGUUACCCAACGUGGACGCCUGUCCUCAGCUGUCCUGCGCAGCCCUCACCUUCAUGUAUCUACAGCAGGGUAACCAGGACACACCGGCACCCCCGGACCCAUCCAUGGCCCAGGCUUACCCAUCAGCCCAGUUUGCCCCCCCUCCCCAGAACAGCAUCCCAGAGUUCACAGCUUCACAUCCCCAUCAACAUCCACACUCUCACCCACAUCCACACCAGCACCCAGCGGCCCCGCAGGACUACCCCGGGGUGCAGGCCGCCGUCAGCGACCAUCCCCUCAACAUGUACCAGUCCUCACAGAGCCACAGCGAGCAGAGCGGCCCCGACCCCGGCUGCCAGAGCGUCCCUGGCACAGCCACACAGACAGAUGAUGCCGCUCAGACAGACAGUCAGCCGCCAUCACAGACGGUUUCUGAAAGCACAGACAGCAAGGCCCAACCCAAGAGGCUGCACGUGUCCAACAUCCCCUUCAGGUUCAGAGACCCAGACCUCAGGCAAAUGUUCGGCCAAUUUGGCAAAAUCUUAGAUGUGGAAAUCAUCUUCAAUGAGCGUGGCUCUAAGGGUUUUGGGUUCGUAACGUUCGAACAUAGCGUGGACGCCGACAGGGCCAGAGAGAAAUUACACGGCACCGUGGUAGAAGGCCGUAAAAUAGAGGUCAACAAUGCAACAGCCCGAGUAAUGACAAAUAAGAAGACUGUCAACCCAUAUGCAAAUGGCUGGAAGUUAAAUCCAGUGGUCAGCGCUGUCUACAGCCCAGAAUUCUAUGCAGUACCAGGUUUUCCCUACCCAGCAGCCAGUGCAGCAGCAGCAUACAGAGGAGCCCACCUAAGAGGUCGAGGACGGACGGUGUACAACACAUUUAGGGCGGCUGCUCCACCCCCCCACAUCCCAGCGUACGGAGGUGUUGUUUACCAGGAUGGAUUUUAUGGUGCAGAUAUUUAUGGUGGUUACGCUGCCUACAGAUAUGCCCAGCCUACUGCUGCCACAGCUGCUGCAUACAGUGACAGUUACGGACGAGUAUAUGCUGCCGACCCCUACAACCACACACUCACUCCAGCAGCCACAUACAGCGUUGGUGCCAUGAACGCCUUCACCCCACUGACAGACGCGAAAACUCGGAGCCAUGCCGACGAUGUGGGGCUCGUGCUGUCCUCUCUCCAGGCUAGUAUAUAUCGGGGAGGCUACAGCCGCUUCGCACCCUAUUAGCAACACCUCCAACCUACACCCAACCUUCCAACAGGACAGAAAGAAAGUGUGUGAGUGUGUGAGCGAAUGAAACGAUGAGUAAUCAAAGAGACGUUACUGAGGCCUGGGUAUUGCAAUACAUGCAGUUUGUGCAUCAUGUCAGCGUCUUCUAAGAGAGGAAAAAAGAAAAAAGAAAACGACAGCUGAUGUUUUUCAUCUUAUACCUCAGAUAUUUUGUGCUGUGUAUUUUGAUAUUGUGGGUUUUUGAUUUUUAAAGAGUUAAACCUAGAUUAUCAGCUGUAGAAGUUUUCCAUAGAGAGCUGCUAGAGUAAUGAAGAGACACAAAUACAAUAUUUAUCAGAUUCAAAUAGUUAGGGCUUGUAUAGAACUCCAACCCUGUAAGACUCACUUGGAGUUUUUUUUAUGUUUUGUUAGAGUGUUAAAGUGACUAUGCUAGUCAAGUGUUGUUGUUUUUAUCGUCUCAGCUUCCUUUGGCACUUCCUCUUUCAGUUCAGCUAGCUUUUUCUCCCCCUUUGGUUUGUGAGGAAGUCAAGAAGCCUUGAAAACCAGGGACAACCUCUGAGGGCGGUGUGUGAGAGAAGCUGAGAACAGCCAUUAUUGCUGUUUAUCAAGUUACCUCGAGAACAAGCUUUAUUACCUGUGACUGCAACUUUAUUAUCAUAUGCUUAUGGUUCUUUUGCAAAACCAAGAAAACAAUAAUAAUACCAAAACAAAAUCCUAUGUCUGCAUAGUCAUGGAAACUGCAUGUAUUGUAGCCCAAUUUUUAUUGAGUGCGAUAUGUGUUUUUGUUUGCUCACAUAUGAAAUUGCAUUGCAUUUUAAAAAAGUAUUUCAUAAUAACAAAAUCCCUGUUCUUUUUUAAAUAUUGGCCACCAAUUUUUCAAUUUCCACAUACUUCCUUUUUAUAAAGGGCCAAUUAAGAUUGGGUUGUUACGUACGUUGUUUAACCUAAAAAAAUAUGUCAAAAUCUGGCGAUCAAAAGAGUGGUGCAGUCAUGACACAUUUUUGUAGGCUUCGACUAUAACGCAAUGUGAUUUUCUAUUGUAUUUUGGAAUAUUGCUGACAAAAGCUCUGUAGCUAACAAACGUUUAUGAUACUUACAUGUUUUGUUUAGCCGCAUAAUCUCCACGUAUUACCACUUUAUUAUUUCUAAAGCAUAAAUGCACUUGCAAGAAGUGAGUAGCUAACAUUAGCCUAUAAAGGAACUACAUCACGGUUGCAUGCCGGCGCAUCACCACAGCUAAGCUAAAGGUUCUGCGUCAUGAUAUUUAAUAGUCUCAUUCAAACACUGGUUAGCAACCAGCGUUUUUUUGCAGAUGGGUAAAAGCUUCAAACAUUCAACAACUGACGUAUUUUAAGUCGUAGAACAAAACGAGAAAUGUGUUUCGCUUGUGUUAAACACAGACCUUAUUUUGUGGAAUUAGGACUCAUUUUCGCAGCAGCCUUUUUUGAAAUUAGGAUCAACAGCUGGCAGCAAGUAAAUUUGGAGCCAAGAUGUUUCUAUACGUGUGCGAUCCAAUGAAGUUCCUCUUAAGUAUUUCUUAAUGCUGAUUAAGCAUCUGAUCUAAUGAGAUAGGAUUUAGCUCAGAGUGCUAGACGGACUGAUCAUGCACAGAUCAUGCAAAAACACAGUUCUUGACUGACAAGAUUACCACAACAAUCACAUCAUCAGCUGUUAUGGCUAUAUUGAUUAGACAUGCUGACAAUAAAUCUGGUUUAAAAGAAAGUCAAAUAGAGACUUCAAAUCCUUUGGUGAAUGCAAUGUGUUUUCAUUAAAACUACAUUCUUUGUUUGAUAUUCCAAAAAUAUAACACGUUUUUGUAAAAAGGGCAUUUCUGCUUUUUUUAUCUUGAUAAAGGGGGUCAUUAAGUCGUGAUCACUUAAUAAAAAAUGCAAGUCUACAACAAGUAUUGGCAGUCACAGCUGCUCUCAGCUUCCAUAGAUAGUCCAGGUUAGUUUAGUUUACUUGUAGGGAGAGAAUGGAAAGAGUCAGCACAUUAUCCAGCCGGUCCUUUGCUGACUGAAUCAUGUGCUAAUACCUUACAUCACUUCCUGCCAAAGGGUCUGAUGGAAAUAUCUGCCGUGUGUGUGUAUAGUGAAGAUUUUACAUAGCUAUUAAUUACGAAAUGAGAAAAAAAUUGCCAUGGCAACUAAACUGUUGAACUGUUCGCUGUGAGCUGCAGAAGAGUAAGGUCCUCAUUAAUGAACUUUGAAAAUUAAUUUAAUAUGACCAAUUCGAUUUACUGCUGGAUUAUAAGAACACAGUCAGGAUCCUGGAGAAGUCAAACUUUAAAUCACAGAAUUUAAAGAUGUAUUAUUUUGUGGCACUAAUUCUCUUCCGUACUGAGUAGACGUAAAUGUUUUUUAUAUAAACUUCCAAUAUAUUCAUUGGUAUAAUUGAUGAUUUUUAUAUUACAGAAGAGAUUUAAAAAAUAUAUAUAGCAGUGGCCAAAGCCACUGUGUCUAUUUUAUCUCUUUGUUGAUUUUGUUGCUUUUCUUUUCUUUCAUUACUACAUUUUAAGAGGGGUAAAGUACAGUAUAAUAAUCCAACAAUGUAUUAUAUUUGAACUGUGCAGUGAAGAUGUUCUCUUAUAUGAAAUACACAAUGGUAUAAUGUUUUAGAUUUAGAAGAGUAGAUCAGUUGUUAGGGCGAGCUAUCUCAUUUUCUAUCGAAUCAUAUUCUGAUUUUUAUUAACUCUUUACAAAUGAUGUAACCACAAUGUAGAUUCUCAAAGUCAUCGAUUUUUUUUUGUCAACUGUACCAUUUUGCACACGUCAUUUUCAGAUAAAACUGAGACAAAUCAGUGCUGUCAUUUUUCUUAACUUCUUUCAAUUCUGUAAUGUCUUUCUCUUUUCUCUCAUGUCCUUCUUAAUAUGACAUCCUUUCUGUUAUUUUCUAGAACUCAACCUUUGCUCUUUGAAAAUUAACUGUUUGAAUAUUAUAAUACUAAAUAAAUAUGAGAAUUUGUGAACAGGCUAAUCUACAGUACGAUGUAAAUAGAAGUUAAUGGAAUAAUCUGUAGUGUAUUUGAAAAGCACUACAUGUAUCAGGACUCUGAUACAGCUGCACUGCAAGCCAGCCUACGGGCCGCUUCCUGUGCCACAUUCUGUUUACAACUAUUCCCAAUAAGUGGUGUUGUUACAUAUCUCCCUUUUUGUAUUUAUAACACAUUAGAUAGGAAAAACUCUCAGAUGCAUCACAUAAAGAAGGCAGCAGUCAGAGCCUCGAUGGUUCAAAUCCCCCCCGUGUCUGUCAGGAACAGGACCACUCGUAGUCCUCACUAUGCUGAAUGUCUGACUCCGCAACUACUUUAUACAGGCUCUGCUUCCAGUAGGUGUUGUGGUUCAAAACAAGGCUUCCUACCCAGUCAUUGUAUGUGCAUGUAUUAUGGUUCUUCCACUAAUCAAUAACCAUCAAUAAAGUUUUCUUUUCUCAA